AUGACCGGUGCGGUCAAGGGCAAGGCGCUCCUCUCAGUAGAGGCACGACUGCGCCAGCUCAUGCAGGCCCGCAAGCAGCGCGAGACGGCGUGGUUUGUCUCGACAUGGCGCAGGUCGCAUCUGCGUUUGAGAAACGUCACGUGGCCUCCGUCCAAUCCGCGGGUUGCUGAGAUGGCAGCAGCCAAUAGGUUGCCUCCACGCGUGCCUUUCCGGAGUGCUACAAAAUCCAAGAAAAUGCAAGCGAGGAGUGUCCCUAGCAGCAAGCAUCGGAGAGCAAGCAAGGCUUUGUUGGGAGAUGAUGAUGUGUCAGCAGCAGGACGUGAUGACGUGGCAGCAGAAGUAAAUGGUGACGCAGCACGUGAUGAGGUGGCAGCAGUGGGAGAUAAUGACAUCAUCAUUGUGUUGCUCGUGCACAACCGGCCGGCGUAUCUCAACCGCACUCUGGAUGCUCUGAGCAAAGUGGACGGCAUACAGCACGCCCUGCUUAUAGUCAGUCACGACGGCUUCUACCCGCCCAUGCAUGCACUCGUCCGCUCCAUCUCCUUCUGCCGGGUCAAGCAGCUCUACUUCCCCUUCUCGCCGCACCUCUUCAACGGAACCUUCCCGGCAGCUUCCGCGGACGACUGCCGCGGCAAGUCAAGGCGACCCUGGGAGACCAAAGCAGGGGGAGCUGAGCGGUGGGAGCAGUGGCUGAGUAAAAUUUCAAGACAAGGCGUGCGUAAAAAGGGCAUGGCAGGAGGAGGGGUUGGUGGGCUCAGCAAUGGGCUCAGCAAUGGUGUGAGCGAGAAGGAGAGGGUGGGGGAGGGGGAGAGAGUGGGGGAGGGGGAGAGAGUGGGGGAGGGGGAGAGAGUGGGGGAGGGGGAGAGAGUGGGGGAGGGGGAGAGAGUGGGGAAGGGGGAGAGAGUGGGGAAGGGGGAGAGAGUGGGGGAUGGGAUGCCGUGUUGGGGCCAAGCAGAUGAAUUCGGCUCGUACCGCGACCCAAGAUUUGUCUCCCUUAAGGUGCAUGUGGGACUGUGUCAAUCAGUCCAAUCCCCCACCUGUCCGCUUCCCAGACCACCUACCUCUACACCUCUACACCUCUCACAACUCCACCUCUGCACACCCAGCUAUCCCCCUACCCGCCUCCCCUCUACUUCCUUCCCCCCGUAUCCCCGUUUUCUCAUCUUCACGUUUCCCUUCUGCUUCCGCUCUAUCCGCCCAUUCACCUCGUCCCAGCACCACUAUACAUCCCCUCCCGCGCAGCACCACUGGUGGUGGGUGCAGAACACGAACACGGUGUGGGACGGGCUCCCAGAGACCAAGGCGUUCAACGGCCACAUGCUCUUUAUAGAGGAGGACCACUGGCUCUUCCCCAACGCACUUACCCACCUCCGCGCUUUGCUAAGUGCCAAGCAGCGCAGGCGCUGCAACGAGUGCAUCAUUGUGGGCCUCGCCCCUGCUGAUGUGGGGGUGGUGGAGGAUGAGGAGGAGGGUGCGGUGGAGAGGAGGGGAGUGAAGGUUGUUAAGGCGCCCUCAAACGCUUUUGCUUCCUCAAACGCAGAGCGAGCAGAGCGGGAGGUGGAGGAUUGGCAAAGGGUCGUGGCUGGAGCGAGGGGAUUGAGGCUGUCGAUCAGAAGAUUCGAGGGGAAUGCGGUAGAGAAGGGUGGAGUUUUGAGGCGGAUUGGGCACUUCACGGCGGAGAGGCUGGGCAACGUGGGUUACAGCUUCAACCGCAGUGUGUGGGCGAUGAUGCAUUCCCUGGCAGAGGUAGGGUGGUGGGUGUAUGGAGUAUGA